GCUGCGCUGCGCGCGUGCCCCGGAAGCGGAAGGCAGCGCCCCUUUGCCGGCGGCCGAUUCGAUGGUUUGUUUUGUCACAGGCGGCGCCUCUGAGAAGGUGCGAGAGGGCGGACCAUGCCGUCCGAGGGUCGCUGCUGGGAGACCCUGCAGGCUCUGCGCAGUUCCAACAAAGGUCGCCUUUGCUACCACCGCGACUGGCUGCUGCGGGGCGAGGAUGUUUUAGAAGAAUGUAUGACUCUUCCCAAGCUAUCUUCUUACUCUGGAUGGGUGGUAGAUCACGUCCUACCCCAUACACAGGAGAACCCAGCACCCUCUGAGACCUCACCAUCCCCGAGGUACACUUCAGCCCUAGACGAACCCUCAUGUGUUCCCAAAUCUCCUGUCAGAAACUCUGCCUUCCCACCAGCCUCCCCUGCAACACCGGAUGGAACCAAGGACAAACAAGAGUCCCCACAUACAGAAUCUAUGGUACUUCAGUCUUCCCGGGGGAUCAAAGUGGAAGGCUGCAUCCGAAUGUAUGAACUGGUACACAGAAUGAAAGGAAUGGACGGUCUGCGGCAAUGGCAGGAGGAACAGGAGAGGAAGGUGCGGUCCCUCUCCGAGAUGGCAUCUGAACAGCUGAAGCGGUUUGAUGAACGGAAGGAACUGAAACAGCAUAAAGAAUUCCAGGACCUGCGGGAGGUGAUGGAGAAGAGCUCCAGAGAAGCAUUGGGGCACCAAGAGAAGCUAAAAGCUGAGCAUCGUCACCGAGCAAAGAUUCUCAACCUGAAGCUGCGGGAGGCCGAGCAGCAGCGCCUGAAGCAAGCAGAGCAGGAGCGGCUGCGGCGGGAAGAAGGCCAGGGCCGCCUGCGCACCCUCUACGCCCUGCAGGAGGAGGUGCUGCAGCUCAGCCAGCAGCUGGACGCCUCUGAGCAGCACAGGGACCUGCUGCAGAUCGACCUGGCGGCCUCUCGCACCCGAGGCAACCAGCUGUGCAGCCUCAUCUCGGGGAUCAUUCGGGCCACUUCGGAGAGUGGCUAUCCUACAGCAGAGAACCAAGCUGAGGCUGAGCGAGCUCUGCAAGAAAUGCGGGACCUUCUUACAAACUUGAGGCAGGAGAUUGCCAGAGCCUGUGAAGACAAGAAGCGGCAGGAUGAAGAGGAGGCCCAGGUAAAGCUGCAAGAGUCACAGAUGCAGCAGGGACCAGAGGCUCGCAAAGAGUCCCCAGCUCCCAGCCAGGGCCCAGGAGGGAAACAGAAUGAAGACCUCCAGGUGAAGGUACAAGACAGUACAAUGCAGUGGUACCAGCAGCUGCAGGAUGCUGCCACGCAGUGUGUGUUGGCCUUUGAGGGCCUCACCAACAGCAAAGACAGUCAGGCCAAAAAGAUAAAGAUGGACCUCCAGAAGGCUGCCACUAUCCCAGUGAGCCAAAUCUCCACCAUUGCAGGUUCAAAGCUGAAGGAGAUAUUUGACAAGAUCCACAGCCUGCUCUCUGGAAAACCUGUUCACUCUGGUGGGCGCGCUGUAUCUGUCACACUUACCCCACAGGGGCUGGACUUUGUCCAGUACAAACUGGCAGAGAAAUUUGUGAAACAAGGCGAGGAGGAGGUAGCCUCUCAUCACGAAGCAGCGUUCCCCAUCGCGGUUGUGGCGUCUGGGAUCUGGGAGCUCCACCCCAGAGUUGGGGACCUCAUUCUUGCUCAUCUGCACAAGAAGUGUCCUUACUCUGUUCCUUUCUAUCCAGCUUUCAAGGAGGGAAUGGCUUUGGAAGACUAUCAGAGCUCCUCUUAUGUACCUUGGAUGUUCCAUCAGAAAUAUAAUGUCUUUCGUGCAAACUGGACAGCCUUUGGGACUUGUGGGUUUAGGCUGCUUGGCUACCAAGUGAAGGAUUCCAAAGUGGAGCAACAGGACAACUUUCUAAAACGCAUGUCUGGGAUGAUCCGCCUCUAUGCUGCCAUCAUCCAGCUCCGGUGGCCAUAUGGAAACCGACAAGAGGUUCAUCCUCAUGGCUUAAAUCAUGGCUGGCGCUGGUUGGCACAGAUCUUAAACAUGGAGCCCCUGUCAGAUGUUACAGCCACCCUCCUCUUUGACUUCUUGGAGGUGUGUGGGAAUGCCCUCAUGAAGCAGUAUCAGGGCCAGUUUUGGAAAAUGAUAAUUCUCAUCAAAGAGGACUACUUCCCCAGAAUUGAAGCCAUCACAAGCGCAGGACAGAGGGGUUCCUUCAUACGCCUCAAGCAGUUCUUGGAGAAAUGUUUGCAACGCAAGGAGAUUCCUGUCCCCAAGGGCUUUCUGACAUCCUCCUUCUGGCGCUCCUGAUGUCACUCCAUCACCCACCAUCGCCAUCGUGUUGCAGAGUCAGUAAUAAAGCAACUGAAGAUGGCUGUGUAUGGGAGAAGUCAUGUCAGAUUAAGAAAUCUGCCAAUCUUUAUUUUUAUAUGUUUAUACCUUGUGACUGGGAGAGGAGAUUUUCAUGAGCCAUAAAGUCUUAGGGGUCCCUUAGUAGACUGGGUAGCUCCUUAAGGGGUCUACAUAAUAGAGUAAAUGGAAUUGGCCUUUCUUGUUUUUGCAAAAGU